AAUAAGUUGAAUGAUUUAUCGUAGAUUAAUUAAUAAUUUAUUAAACACAUGCACGUCUAUGUGUGACAUUAAAGUUCAGUCAUUAAUUUUAUUUUUUUUCACCAUUGUUUUAAUUUGAUUUUAUCUCCGAGUUUUAUUUGUAGCGCUCAAUUAUUCCUGGACUGAUUGAUGCUUGGAAAUGAGAGCAGCGUCUUCGUCGUCAUCUCCUCAAAUGCCAUCAUCGGCUAUGAUUAAAACAACAACUGCUACCACCACCACCACCACCACCACCACCACCACCACUACUACAAAGAACAACAACAAAAGUUGUGAUGAUGAUGGUGUUGACAAUAAAAAGUCGUCUAAACCAUCUUUGAAAUGGAAGAAAAAAGUGAAAGUUUCGAAACCGCCCAGUACCGCUCCGAUACUUGAAUCGUCGGAUAACGAGGUAACAUCGUCGACUACCGCUACCGAUAUUGUAAAUGUAAUGGCGAAAACUGAUUUAAACUCCGACUUACCGAUCAUUCAUGGCAUCUCGAAGAGGUCCUCCUCAACUUCUAAUUUAAAAAAAAUUAAAAACUUUUUUGCUUUUUCAAAGCCAAAAUCGGUUAAGAUGAAAUCGGUAGUUGACAAAAUAGCCGACAGAUCGGUGUGUAGUAACAACACUACUCUUGUUAAAAACAACAGCAGCCUUAGCCACAGCAGUUUUAGUAGUAGUAGUGGUGGUGGUAGCAAGAAAGAAAAAUUAAACCGUAGUUGCGGAUUCCACAGUAGCGGUCCAACCAUCAUAAACGUCAACACUCGAAAUGCAAAUCAUUCAAUGGUAACACUGAUCGAGGCGAAUAAUGUUAGACCGACUUUGACCGAUCCGAAUAUUCAGUCCCAAUCCUGUCGGAGGAAUAAACUCGUACCGAAUAUUUCUAAAGGUUUAAAGGUCGACAAGUCAUUCUCGAAACAAAAUACCGACUUGACAUCUCUGAAUAAGUGUGCCAGCAUUUGUAGAAGUAGUAACGCCAAAGAGCAUAACAGAGAUGGGCGCGUUGCGAUGAAUCUGUCGGUAAAUUAUUCGUCGGAUAAGAAGAAAAAGAAGUCGGCGAGUGUCGAUCGAUUGUUUCGCGAUAAGAGUAACAUCAACUCCGGCGAAUAUGACGAUGAUGAUUGCUACUACGACUCGAACGACGAUGAAGACAGUUAUGAUAGUGAUUGUUCAUGCUCGUCUUGCGAGGAAAAUUAUAAUCGACUCAAUAAUUAUAAUUAUAAUUGUAAUUAUAAUUAUUAUGAUAAUUUUGGUCGCAAACGUUUGGAGAGUUACGGCCGGCGACAUUUUAUAUAUUACCGUGGUAAUAACAAUUUCGAUGGUUAUAACGAUGAUGGCGGUGGAUCUCUUAAGAAACGUUGCCAUUUUGUUGAAAACCAUUUACAGCAACAUCAACAACGACAUGAUCCGCAACAAAAGCAGCUUCAGCAGCGACUUCAACAGCCACAGCAGCAAGGACUACAGAAUCGACCGCAUACGCAACAACACCAUCAAAUGCAUCAGAUACCUCAAGCAUAUCAGCAACAACAUCUGCAACGGUAUCAGCAACGGUAUCAGCAACAGUAUAAGCAACAGUACCAGCGACAACCUCAACAAAAUCAAAACUUCGAUAUAACGGGUAGUAAAGAAUGGACCAUAAAUCAUCAGCUGCAACAACAUCGUUAUAACCGAACGUAUCAUUCCAGUCACAACAACAUCAACAACGUUAAAAACAACAACAACAACAACAAUAAUAAUAAUAAUAAGUAUAAUUGUGAUGGUGAAGACGUUAACGAUCAAAAUGAUGUUCUUGAUGAAUUUAAACAGUUUAAGAGAUGCCAGAGCGAAA